GGGACCACCUUCCUCCUGCUCUCCCUGCCACACCCUCCACCUCUGGUCACCACAGUCUGAGCUGCUGCGAGUUUUCCCAUGACCAGAAUAUCGGGAGAUGAAAGACGCGCAAAGGAGAUAGUGCUGAAGUUUGAAGGGCGGCUGACCAGGACUCGCGGCUACCAAGCAGCAGGUGCCAAGCUCUGGCGGAAGCUGGCGCGUCUUGCCCGUAACUUCGUGGUCAUCUUCAUCCCCUGGGAAAUGAGGAUAAAGAAAAUCGAGAGUCACUUCGGAUCUGGCGUUGCCUCCUACUUCAUCUUCCUGAGAUGGCUGUUUGGAAUUAAUAUUGUGCUCGCCAUCAUGACCGGCGCUUUUGUCAUCAUUCCAGAGCUCAUUGCAGGCCAGCCGUUUGGAAGCACAGCCAGCAAGACCAUCCCCAAGGCUCAGGUUGCAUCUGCCCAGGACCUGGACACCGUCUGGUCCCUGGGGGGUUACCUCCAGUACUCAGUCCUCUUCUACGGCUACUAUGGCAGAGAGAGACGGAUCGGGAGAGCCGGCUACCGGCUGCCCUUGGCAUAUUUCCUGGUGGGCAUGGCCGUGUUUGCGUACAGCUUCAUCAUCCUCUUGAAAAAGAUGGCUAAGAACUCGCGUACGAGCCUGGCCAGCGCCUCCAGUGAGAACUAUGCCUUCUGCUGGCGGGUGUUCUGUGCCUGGGACUACCUCAUUGGGAACCCAGAGGCUGCGGAGAGCAAAACCGCUGCCAUCGUGAACAGCAUCAGGGAGGCCAUACUGGAAGAACAGGAAAAGAAGAAAAGCAAAAACCUGUAUGUAUUAACCCUCCCCAUGCUGAAUGUAUUGAUAAGCUGGUUUACUCUGGUACCAAAAUCACCAGACAAUAUGUAUCUUACUUUCACACGUUAUCAGGCAGCUCUUCCUCCCUAAAAUCCACCCCUCCAGUGGCGUGACAUGUGGGAAGCCAGUUGUUUUCCAGUGCCAGGAUUUAGGA